GUUCCGAGGAUUUUGUUUCCUGUCGAACUACAUUAUCUGCGACACUGCGCUCAACGCAGGCUGCUACAGGUGGGAUAAUAUCCUUCGGCUUUCAAGUACUGCAGUGCCGGGGAACAGGAGAAGAGCGCGAAGAAGCCCGGGGUUGGUCGCUCCUACGCGCAUCUCUUCCUUUCGUGGCGAGCGGAUUUUCGGCAGCCUCUCGCGGAGCUCACGUUUUGUGUCAGCGCAGAUUUCUAGUUGGAUCGUAAAUGUCUCCUUCACGGUCUAUAUUGCUGGUGGGAGAAGGGAACUUCUCGUUCUCCGCCUCCGUGAGCCAGCUGUACAGAGAAACGGACACCGCCGUAACAGCGUCUUGCCUGCAGAAACAGGAUGAGGCAAUGCGGCACGAAGGCGCUGCCAACAGCAUCCAGAUCAUCAAGGACUCCGGUGGAACUGUGCUUUUCGAAGUGGACUGCACGAAGCUGGGGGAGUGCGCUUCUCUGCAGGGUCGAGUGUUUGACCGCGUAGUGUUUAACUUUCCUCACAGUGGGAGAAAGAGUGGAGUUAAAAAAAACAGGGAACUUCUCAAAAGGUUCUUCCUCAGCUGUGUCCAGGUUUUGGCUGAAGAUGGCGAAGUUCAUGUUUCCUUGUGCAACGGACAGGGUGGGACGCCUGUGGACCAGCCAAAGCGGGAGUGGCACAACAGCUGGCAGGUGGCUGCUAUGGCAUCCGAAGCACAUUUAAUGCUUAGUGACGUCCAUCCUUUUGAAAAUGAGAAAUACCAGAGCUACAGGUGCACUGGAUACAGGAGCCAGGAUAAGGGUUUUCAUGUAGAGAAAGCUUUGGUCCAUGUGUUUACUCGCAGCCUUCCUUACACCUCUGCUCAGAUGAUUAAGGUUGAGGAAAUAGUUGAUGGUGGAAAAGUCCUAUACAACAUACCAGUGGAGCUCAGUGAUUACGUAUUCAGGGACUUCCUCUGCUCAGGUUCUGUUCACCCUGUCAGGUUGGUGCAAGAUUUUAUUCUCAAAGGACUGGCAGAAAAGUGGUCAGUCUCUAUGACGACAGAGGCCGUCCCCCUCCUCCUCACAGCCAAACAGUUCCAGAUGUUCCGCUGUGAUUUAGACACUACACAGUGCUAUUGGAUCCACCUGCUUGAAAAAGACCUCAGCUCUGAUGCCAACGCCACAGACAAAGAAAUUGAUCAGCUGAGUGGUUUGGACAGUCAGGGACACAAACCCACACAUGAUGAUGGCAUUUUAGAUAAAGCAGAUAGGGUCAAAGGUAAAGGACCCGAGAGCCUAAUGUCUGCAUGCUCCCUGGAUGGUGACCCUGAGUGUGAAAGUGGUCUUUAUCUGCUGCGCCCAUCGCUGCUGCCUCAGAUGAAAGAGCUUCUCACUAAAGCAGACUUUAUUAACAAUACAGUUAACCAUGAUAAGAGUGAAGGAAAUAAAAGUGUUGAUGGGGAAGGAUAUAAGAAAGAUUGCGCCUGUGAGGACUCUAAUAGUGUUAGUAAUUUGUUAUUUGGCAUUUGUGGACUUGUAUUCAGAAACGUGCCCAUCAAACUGUGGGCUCUUCCUGCUUAUCAUGAGCUUCUCCUCAGAGGCGUUUUCCCAACAAAAUAUGAGCCAAUCAGAGUGCUUGGGCAGAUGUUGGAAAGGCUGCUCUCACCCUAUGGGGUCUCUCUGAUCACAGAACAGGGAGAUCUGCAUUUGACGGCGCAGGCGAUGGGUUUAGUUGGAAAGGUGUGUGCCGACAAUGCUGCUAAGAACAUGAGCCACGCUAGCAUCACUGUGUCCUUAAAUUUGGAUCUUCUUGCUGUGCUGCUUUUCUCGCUGCCUGACUGGCGGCUGCUGUGGUCACAUGACCCUCGCUUCAUCAAACAGUUUGCACCGUGCCCAUCGCCUGGGACUCCAUUCCAGCCCUUUUCUCUGUUCCCGGAGGCCUUCACAUUUGACAUCAGCUUCUGGACAGGCCCGACAUGGCAGCAGAGGAGGUUCUAUGCUGUGGUCCGAGAGGCCAGCCACGGGACUGUGGAGCAAGUAAAACUCAUGGAUACGUUCUCACACCCCGACCUGAGCCAGACGAGUUACUGCUACAGACUCGUAUACCACUCACACACACAUGCUCUGUCACACACACGAGCCCUGGAGUUUCACAAGCAACUGGAGUCGUUACUAUCCUCUCAGCUGGAGGUCACCAUCAGGUAGCUUCCUUGCAGUUUGUCUCAGGGACAGGUGUUUGGCCCCUCUUAGGAAUAUGAUUAAUAAUUAUAACUAAUUUUAUUCGUGACUGGUAAGUUAUGGGCAUAUAACCUGCUAAACUGUAGCUGAACAGUAUUCUUAGAUGAGGCGUUGCUGUACUGUGUUUAUGAAAUGUGAUAUGCAUUAAAAGUGGCAUUUAACACAAA